GCCCAGCGAUUAGACGAGGAGCGUGCGAAUGGAACCCUAAGGAGUCAUUUGCACGGAGUCCCCAUCGUUGUUAAAGACAACUACAACACAGACCCCGAACUGGGCAUGAACACCACUGCCGGCUCAUACUCCCUCCUCAAUCAAACAGUAACCGGCGAUGCAUUCGUCGUCUCCAAACUCCGAUCUGCAGGCCUCCUCAUCCUUGGAAAAGCAAACCUUGACGAAUUCGCCGGCAUGAUGGGAAAGGACAGCUCCUCUGGCUUCAGCUCCCGCGGAGGCCAAGCAUCAGCGGCCUACGUCGUUGGCGGCUUCGCAGCAGGGGGCGACCCAUCUGGCAGCUCGGGGGGAUCCGCGAUUGCUGUUUCGGCGGGCUUUGCUGCGGCGUCGCUGGGGACGGAUACGGAUGAUAGUAUUGUAAAGCCUGCGUGUCGGGCGGCGUUGUUUGGGCUGAGGCCGUCGACGGGGUUGACUAGUAGGAGUGGUGUUGUGCCGUUGUCGCUUUCGCAGGAUAGCACGGGUCCUCUUGCGAAGUCGACGUGGGAUGUUGCGGCUUUGUUAAGCAUUAUGGCUGUUCAUGAUGAAGAGGAUUCAUAUUCGCAGGCGGCUGAGCCGUUUCGCAAGAAGGACUACACUGCAUACCUGAAGAAAGAUGGCUUCAAGGGACUUCGAAUCGGAGUACCCAGAUAUCCUUUCUUCAACGCUAGCAUUACAGGAGCACGGUCUGAGGCCAACGGUGCUAUCGACAAAGCAUUACUGGAAAUACAAAAACUAGGAGCCACCGUUAUCGACCCGGUGACGUUCCCCAAUGCAGAGGAAUUUACCUAUGCAUAUCCCGGAUUACCGGAACGAUCCAAUAACGAAACAAUCCUACUUCAAUACGAUCUCAAAGAAGACAUAGCCAUCUUCCUCCAAACCCAACUGAUAAACUCCACCAUAAGAUCUCUCCAAGAUAUAAUAAACUACAACGAAGCCCACAGCGACCUCGAAUUCCCCCCAGGUCAAUGCUGCCAGGCCACAUUCCUAAAUGCGAACAAUCUUCCUCCGCGCGCCUCGUCAGCUGAGUACUGGAUCGCUCAGUAUCACCAACAACGUCUUGACGUGGAGGGUAUGCAGGCCACCAUGCGACAACAUGAUCUAGAUUUGUUCGUUGUGCCGACGGAGGGCUAUUCAGCAAGGAUGGGGGCUAUUGGGAAAAGGCCGGUGGGGACGGUGCCAUUGGGGUAUGAUGGGAUUAACUUGCCAUUUGGGUUGGCGUUUGUGGGGAGGAGUUAUGAUGAGGGGACUGUGCUUAGGGCGAUGUAUGCUUCUGAGAAGGCGUUUCCUAAGAGGCAGGUUCCGCCGACUUUGGAUUAG